UAAGGAGUGCCAAUGUUGACCAUGCGUCCUCUUCCAUGGAAUCUGCACGCCACCAAACUGUGGGCGUGGGCGUCUGGCCGACAGGGAAACUACAGCUGGGGAGCGACUGUAGAGGAGAUAUAAAGGAAGUGUCAGCAGGACUCUUUCAAGAGCAGGUUGUACUGUGGUGUACUGUGAGUGACAAGAAGAAAAGCUCUGACUUGCUGAGAGAGAAGUGGUUUGGCUUUAGCUGAGGAUGGAUCUCUUUGGACUUCUUCUGCUCGUCCCGAUGGUGACGGCCACACUGGAGUAUCCUGACUCAGGUCAGCUUCCGUGCGAGGACUUUGACAUGAAGGAGUUUUGGCUCCUGGAAGGUGAAGCCUUCCACUUUGUGCCGGACAUGGUCGCGGACAUGGUGGAGUCCGAGCUGGACCAGGGAGACUUCAAGUGGUUCAGAAACUCUUCCGAUGGCACCGAGCUCAUCACGUCGGACGAGAUGGAGAGAAUUCACCAUCACGGCGUUGGGCUGCUCGUCUUGAACAUCUCCAUGGCGGACUCCGGCUACUACGUGGCUACAUGGCGUAACCGGUCAGCAGACACCUGUGACAGUUCUCACCUGGUACUCAACGUCCUGGAAGCCAACCAGCGGGAGGACGAGCGUCUCUUCUAUGGAAGCGUGGAACAUUCCGGCCACAACAAGUUGGUCAUGUGUCCUGAACCGGUGGAUGACGUGUGUAGAAGGCUGGGCGGAGCCUUUAGCUGGUACCUGAACUUCACGUUACUUCCUGGUCGCCACGAAGCUUCUGUUUGGCUCAGGAACUUCACAAACGAGGACCAAGGUGUCUACACGUGCGUGUGCACCUGGACUCACGAGCAGCACUCGUACGCGUCAUCGGGCUCCAGGGAGGUUUUAGCAACAGCUCAGUCUGUCCACUCCACCUUGGUCAUCGUGUCGCCGACAGAGGUGCACGCCGAUGAAGGUGGAGUCCCCCACAAACCCGUCAGAUGUCCACGUCACAGAUGGAUUCACUUCCUGUCGUCUUUCACUGCGGCCCAGGAAUGCGAGUCCAGAUCAGCUGUUCCGUCUUCUGCGGACGCAACGUGGAGGAAUACUGCUCGGCUCGCUGGCAGGUUGGCGGCCAGGACGACAUCGGGCGCGGAUACCAUCAGACGCACACCGUGUAAGCCAACCCCCCCCCUCUAUUUCUCUGACUGGCGGGUGCCCGAUUCCACGAUGUUCGAUCGGAACACACCAACGGUCACGUUCUUAAUUCUUCGUUAUCACGUAAAGACAAUCAACGCAGUAGGUGGAAUCUUCCAUGUGCGGGGGUGUGGUUCGUUUCCUUUCCGCAGCGUCACAUCGCCGCCAUCUUUACGGACCGUGGCCACCGCAGUCCUGACCAUCGAGGAAGUGUCCGUCAAAGACUUUCAAACUCAGUUCAAGUGCAUCGGCAAAGGGCUUUACUCGACAGAGUCUCAGUCCUUGAGUCUUCAUCCCAGAGGAAAAAUCACUUCACUGGUCAUCGGGGGACUAUGGACGUUGGUCGUCGGCGUUUUUGCCGCCUUAAUGGUCAAACUUUAUGCCGUCGACUUGGUUCUCCUUUUCAGGCCUUGCCUCCGUCUGAGAUGCUGCAGUAGAGAAGAUUCAAAGCUGUACGACGCCUACGUCUUGUACCAGGCGGAGGGCGGAGUCAAUACCGGCGAGGACACGCUGGCCCUUUUCGUCAAUGCGGUUCUGCCCGCCGUGCUGGAGGAAGGAUGCCGCUAUCGGCUCUGCAUCCAAGGCAGGGACGACAUUCCGGGGGAAGAUCGACUGGAGAUGGCGGAGAAGCGCAUCACGCAGAGUCGCAGGCUGAUGGUCAUCCUUGCCGGAGUGGACCGACACGCCCCCAAGGACCACAACCUCGUCUUGGGGGGCGUGGAUUUCCAGGUGGGUCUUCACCACGCCCUGACCCAGACUGGCACGCGUGUCAUUCUCAUCCAGGUGGGGCAAACGGGACCGCAAGGAUACGCUCACCUGUCCCCGGCCCUGCGGCACCUCAUCACCAAGCGUGCCCCCCUCAGGUGGCGGCAGGACUCCCAGGGCGCCGCCUCCCCGAACUCCCGCUUCUGGAAGAACGUGCGCUACCUGAUGCCCGCUCGGCCCGCCUCCACACGGGCACCGUCCGCCGUCGUGUGACAGCAUUGAACAGCAGACGCAGUACUAUACAGUUAGACAUACGUUUCAGGGUGUCCAAAUUGCGGCCCAGGGGCCUUUUGUGGGCCUGUUUUUUUUUUUUGUUUUUUUUUUUUAAUUUUCCCCUUUGAUUUUGUCUCAACUUACUUUGUGGAAAAAAAAAAUAUCAAGAUAAAUAUCGUAUAUCGAUGUCCAACCUAAAAAUAUCGGGAUGUGCGUUUGUGGUCCAUAUCACCCUGACCCCACCCUGGUGGGAAUACUUACAUCACAAACAAUUCCUAAGAUGUUGUGUUUUUGGUCUUUUUUUUUAAUGGUUUUAUUUCAUUGUUUAUUGUAUUUUAUUUAAAAUGUCUUGAUAUUGUGAUUGUAACAUUAAAUAAUCUUUGCAAUAAGCUUCAAUAAUCAAUUGAAACUUAUUGCAUUUGAUAUGAUGUACUUGCAUUAUUAUCCAAUCCACUUUAAUUAUAUAGCACAUUUUACAAAGUUUCCAAAGACAAGACAACAGAUAAGUUGUAGUAAAAAUACAUCAUUAAACAUCAAAUAAAAACAGGAACAUUGAAAGCAAUAAAAACACAACAAAAUAAAACAAUAUUUAAGACAUAAAUAUUGAAAAAAAUAGACUAAGAACUUGUGUGUCCAGCUAAUAAGACUGAGGCCCACAAAUGUACACUAUAGAUACUAUACUACCAUCUAGCGGUUCAAAUGUGCAGUACACCUCAAUGAAUAAAUGCUC